AUGUUCGUUAGCUUGGAGGAUGUCCUUACCCGGUUCCACCGCAUGCGGGGCGAUCGCACGCUGUGGCUACCAGGAACUGACCAUGCUGGCAUCGCGACGCAGAUGCUGGUAGCGCCAGCGGCCAACGCUCCCACAAAACGCUACGACCAAGCACGAAGCAACAUCAAAGACCGGAACGCCAGCUGGUGGCCGAAGGCGCCGGUGAUGGAGGACAAGUCGGGCAGCAGCAUCGAGCAGAUUUUGAGAGGAUUUCUGUCAGGACCCCUUUCCUCGGUGCGAUGGGCGGACGGGAAUCUUGCAUCCGCGCGGCCGCGCGAGACGAGAAGCUCAGCAUCCACCGUGACGAGCAGCAGCGAUGGUCUUGCGGCAGCGCCACGUUGGAGCAUGUUGGAGCUCUUCGACGAAGAAAGGUCCCGCUUGGUUUGGACAACUGCAGACGGGCGUCGCAAUGUAUGGUCGCGAACACAGGCCGUUGACGGUCCAGAGAUCACGAGCUUUCCUUGGUUGAUCCAUGGUGCCCCACUUGAGCCCUGGAUGCCAUCAGACAUCUCAAGAGACAUUCUACAUGACGCCGCACGCGUGACUGCUAUCUUAGACAUUCGACAGAUGAUGGGGCCCGAUGCCAAAGCUCAGAAUGAAAUCACAGAGAUCUUAAUCGACCAUAACUUGGAGAGGAAAAGGAUCUCCAGUGAGUGCCUUGCGCACCGUCUGCAGUGGAGCGGUGAGAACGAGGAUGAGCAGAUGGACAUCGAAGUAGCAAGGUUACUCGCCUUGUGCAGCAUCUUUGACAUUCCGAUGAGCCACCGCCGAAGUGGAAUGCACCCAGGCAUUGAUCCUGAACUCAGGCAGCAGUGUGACUAUGAGCUAUUCGCUUCACCGCUAAACGCAGUAGUAGGCAAUGGAUACUACGCGAGCAAGUGGCCGCAGAUUGAGUGGCGUUUCGGCUCGAUGGGUUCAUACCCCUCUGCUAUCCUUGAGAUGCCCGACAACUCGAUCGUGGGCGUGAGCCCACCGUACACAGAUGCCUACCUUGCCGACGUGAUGGAAAGACUACCGCAGAUGAAGGUCAGGUUUCAACUUCGAACAGUGAUACAGCUUCGAAGUGCACCUUGGCGGGAGAGCGUUGCAUCGCUGCUGCCAUCCGCACAACUGCUGUAUGACUACUACGAUGCGUCUGCGGAUGUGUGGGUCAAAGUCGUUUGCCCAACGUUGCUCUGGGAGGAUCCUCGGUUGAAGUUGCAGGAGGCACUUGUCCCUGUGGGUUGUGCAUCAUCGGAUCAACGGGCUGUGCUUCACCAUCGAGGUGCAGCAAGCCAGCGGGAGGAAAAAAGCGACACUGUACGGCGGUCGACAAAGCGCGUCUCGUGGCGGCAGGAGGUCGGCCGAGAUGAGUUCCUGCGGCGGGUGUGGGAGUGGAAAGACGAGAAAGGCGGCGCCAUAGUGAACCAACUGCGGUGCCUGGGGGCCUCGGCCGACUGGUCGCGCGAGCAGUUCACUUUGAACGACCACAUGAGCUCUGCCGUCGUUGAGGCCUUCUGUCGGCUGCACGAGCAGGGUGCCCAGCAUUUCUCCGUUCAGAUGUCUUCGUGGGUUACAUCUCAGCUGACGCCACCGACGAAGGGCGCCAUCUUCCGGGGCCAGCGGAUGGUCAACUGGAGCCCAGUGCUCCAGACGGCCGUUAGCGACCUUGAGGUGGAGUAUUCGGAUGUGCAGGGCCACCUUUAUCACUUCAAGUACAUGGUCGCGGACACUGAGGAAUUCAUCCCGGUUGCAACAACGCGACCCGAGACGAUCCUGGGUGACACGGCCGUGUGCGUGCACCCUGAGGAGAGGGCGGAUGUGUUGAGACGAAAGUUGUGCCGGAAGGAGGACCCGCGCUAUGAGCACCUCAUUGGCAAGGACGUCCUCGUGCCAAUCCAGGGCCGACGCAUCCCAGUGAUUGCAGAUGCCUAUGUGGACAGGGAGUUCGGGACCGGGGCGCUGAAAAUCACACCCGCCCACGACUUCAACGACUUUGAAAUUGGGCAGACUCACAAGCUGGAGAGCCACUCUGUGAUUGGUUUGGACGGAUCCAUGGCCUCUACGCUGGAAGCAUUAGGUUCUCCGCAGUACAUCGGCUUGGACCGUGCCGACUGUCGGAAGCAGCUCUGGGCUGAUCUCGAAGAAGCAGGCUUAACCUUGAAGGUCGAGGACCACAUGCAGCGCGUGCCGUUGUCGCAAAGGAGCGGUGAGGUCAUUGAGCCCAUGCUCUCUGAUCAGUGGUUCGUGUCGACCGAGGUCAUGGCUCAGCGGGCCAUGGACGCCGUGGAGUCUGGCGACAUUACCAUCCAGCCGGAUCGUUUUGUAAAGACGUGGCAGGAUUGGCUGAAGGAGAAGCAGCCCUGGUGCAUCUCCAGGCAACUCUGGUGGGGCCAUCGCAUCCCUGUGUACUAUCCCACAAACCAGCCCGGCAGCGACAAGUACUUCGUGGCCCGCUCUGAGGAAGAGGCUGGUGAUCAGUUGAACCUGCGAGCUGCCAGGAUGUCUUGCUUGCGCUGCGACGAGCCAAAUCGGCCACUAGCGAACUGGUUGACGGAGCAAGUGCGCGAAGGUGUUGAAGAACCUGCGGGAGCAGCUGACUGGGCGCAAUUCCGUGGCCUUGCCGCAGCAUGUGCAGCAGCAGUGCUGAUGGCUGCGAGCCUGCUGAGACCGUCUCUUGCUGAAGCUGUGCCUCUGGAGGUUCUGAAGCGAGCGGAGCAGCAGAAGGUACAAACCGAGAGCUCGAGGAGUCUGCCGCAGGUUCGACAAGAGUCCUCUUCGCGGGCACUUGCAGUUGCCAGGAAGCUGGAAGAGAAGCGAGCUGUGCUAUUCGGUGCAUAUUGGUGCCCCUACUGCGACCAGGAGCGGCAGGCUCUGGGCCGUCAGGUCUUCGGCAGCAAGGCCUAUGUUCGAUACGUGGAGUGCGACCCACGUGGCGAGAAUGCCGAGCCAGGGCUUUGCCAAGCUGCGGGCGUGACCAGCUUCCCUACCUGGGCGGUGGCUAUCGAGCCGAGCUCCCCAGACGCGCCGCCAUACGAGCUCUACCCAGGUUUCAAGGGCCUGCGCGGGCUGGAGAGGAUGGUGGGGUUGCCGCCUGACCCCGAGGAAGCAGCUGCUGCCGUUGCGCCGCCGGUGCGGACCAACUCCGACACCGAGGCGCUGACGGUCGCCAGACGACUGCAGGAAGGCGGCGCAGUCUUCUACGGCACCUACUGGUGCCCUGCUUGUGACGUGCAGCGGCAGGUCUUCGGGCAGCCCGCGUGGGCUAAGGUGCCCUACGUGGAAUGUGAUGAACGUUCUGCGCAGUCGGAUCCGCUUCGAUGCCUUCGCGCUGGUGUGGAUGCCAUUCCCUUCUGGACCUUUGCAGAUGGCUCUACCCACGCAGGGGUGCUGACAGUUUCAGAUCUCCAGGCAAAGUUGCAGAGCUCCACGCCUGCGCAAGUCCCUUCUGCUGCCUCGCGUGGUGCACCGGUCCAGCUGCCGAUGCCCAACUCUGACUGUAAGGACUGCAAGAUCGGCGACCGUCCGGGCGAGAAGCCAAGCGCCGCAGCCAAGAGCUGA